UCAGAACUAUUCACUCUUCGAUUUUUCGAAAUUCCCAGGUUUCCAUACGAUGAGCUCUGCCGCUGCUACCACCACCAGGGGAGGCCGGGGAAAGCCCAAGGCCACCAAAUCGGUCUCCAGGUCCCAGAAGGCGGGCCUCCAAUUCCCGGUUGGUCGAAUUGCUCGCUUCCUCAAGACCGGAAAAUAUUCUGAACGGGUCGGAUCUGGCUCGCCUGUCUACCUCUCAGCUGUUCUUGAGUACCUCGCCGCAGAGGUUUUGGAGUUGGCAGGGAAUGCUGCGAGGGAUAACAAGAAGAACAGGAUUGUGCCGAGGCAUAUCCAGCUCGCGGUGAGGAACGAUGAGGAGUUGAGCAAGUUGUUGGGCUCUGUCACAAUCGCUAAUGGAGGCGUUUUGCCUAACAUUCACCAGAAUCUGUUGCCGAGGAAGAGCGGGAAAGGAAAGGGCGAGAUCGGAUCGGCAUCUCAAGAGUUUUAGGGGAAAUUGAAUUGUUCAUCUCUGGGUUUUGGUAGUGUUAGUUUCUGAUAUGUAAAUCUCAUUUUAGGUCAAUAUCUGGAUGAAAUAUAUGCUCGGUUAUCUCCAUUGUUCUGUUCAAAGAAAUCUCCAUUGUUGUUUUCUUGAACCAAUGAAUUUACAGAGUACUUGAACUUCCCCUGCAAAUUUUUUAUUAGAAAA